CUACGGACAGGAAGAGGAGGAGGAAGAGAAGAUCAUCGAGACUUCGCUGUUGUGCGAGAGAAGAGAGACCAUCGACACGUGUCGGAAGCGUCCCACGUGGCAAUCAUCAAUCCGCAGUAAGGGUCGCGACCGAUGGAGCAAGCGGGGCAGUCAGCUGUGCCUGAGCCGGGAUCGCAGCCUCCUCCUGCUCCUCUGAUACUGUAUUCGUUCUAUCGGAGCUCGUGCGCUUGGCGGGUGCGUAAUGCUCUCGAGCUGAAGGGGGUGAAGUACGAGUAUCGUGCAGUAAACAUCUUCGACAAAGAACAGAAAACCGAAGAUUUCGUCCGUCUGAACACGCUUCAACAGGUUCCGGUUCUGGUCGUAGACAAUGGACGUACCAUUGGAGAGUCGGUGGCCAUCUUGGAAUAUCUGGAGGAGGUGUAUCCGGAGCCCAGACUGCUGCCUUCUUCACCGUACGAUCGAGCCAUCGUACGGCAACUGGUAGAGAUUAUCAACUCUGGAACGCAGCCGCUGCAGAACCUAAGGGUUUUGCUUCUCGUGGUAGAGCUCGGGGGCGACGCUGAGCGUACCAUGUGGGCGCGAGAUGCCAUCGCUCGUGGUUUCGGCGGAUUCGAGGACAUAAUUCGACGAACGGCCGGGAUUUACUGUUACGGAGAUCAAAUCACGUUGGCAGACGUGGUGCUCAUUCCUCAGCUAUUCGGUGCGCGCUUGUAUGGCGUGAACCUGGACGCCUUUCCGACUAUCCAGAGAGUCGAGGCAGCGCUGCUCAAACACCCGGCCUUCAUAACAGCCCAUGCGGACAACCAGCCCGACACCCCGCCAAAACAUUCUGCAGCGGCUGGGCAGAAGUGAAGUGCUGAUGAAAAAAUAAAAUGAAAAAAGGUAUGGGAA